CUUUGAUCUCGUCCACUUCGCGCCAUGGAUUCACGACCGGAUACACCAGAGCCCCCGCCACAAGACCUAUGGGGCUCCAUCCUCGACUCUGUGUCAUCCUCACGUGCUAUACCCUCGAAGCAGGUGCUCUUAUUAGGGCAGCCGCGCACAGGCAAAUCCACCAUAGCUGCGGGCUUGCUGCAGAAACCGGUCGUGGAAGAGAAGGACGAUCAUACGACGGACUUUGCUAUCGGGUACGACUUUAGCAACGUACGUGACGAUGCGGAUGAGGAUACUCUUGCGCGCCUUUCGGUGUACACCGUGCCCUCUUCGGCACCAGAAUACACAUCGCUCUUACCACAUUUCGUCCCCCCAAGAACAGCGCUCCCGAAUACACUCGUGAUGAUCGUGCUGGACUGGACGCGUCCUUGGACAUUCGUGGAGGAACUCGAGACAUGGUUACAGUGGGUCGAGCAAUGGGCAACGGGCGAUAAAUCGAGAGAACUGGAGAUUGUGCGCGAGGAGAGUCGAGAGCGACUGCAAGCACAUUUGCAGUACUAUACCGAGCCCGCCACGGAUCCCACCCCUGCUCCUUCGUCAAUAUCCGGAAGCACGAUUCUACCUCUGGGCUCGGGAACGCUGACGCAUAACGCGAGUGGCGUGCCGAUCGUGGUUGUAUGCAGCAAAGCUGACCUCAUCGACGAGGGAGGGGACCCUGUUGCAAGUUCGACUGGGAUGGGAGGUAUGGUGCGAGGGAAGGGUGGAGAAUGGGAAGAGCGCACGGAUGGUAUCAUGCAGGUCCUCCGGACAAUAUGCUUGAAAUACGGGGCAUCUCUGUUCUAUACGACACAACAACCGUCAACGCUUCAAAUUCUGCGACAGUAUGCACUCCAUAUGUUGUUCAUACCACCAGCACCCUCGCCUGCAGUUACUUCUGGUUCUGAAGCUCCGGCGCCUGGCCGGAAUCCGUUUCCAUUCCCCCAUAAAGCCAACUAUCUUGAUCGUGACCGUAUCAUUGUUCCUGCCGGCUGGGACAGCUGGGGGAAGAUCACCAUCAUGCGUGAAGGAUUUGAAGCACGGACCUGGGGCGAGGCCUGGGAGCGCGACCUGGAGGCUGAGGGCGGUGAGAGCGCGAAUGAUGGUGCCAAAGCCAUGUUUGUUUCGCUGGUCCCAGACCAAGGAACCAAGCCACCUACGCUUCCCUCGCUAAUAAGCCCCACCUCAGAGCAGGUCUUCCUCGCCAAGCACUGGGACGAAAACUCGAAGAAACCGGACCGCGAUCCCCGUGGUGCUUUCCGAGACCCUCAAGAACUUGCUCGCAGCGCAGCCGGCUUGGUCGGCCCACUUGGAGCACCCAGCUUCGAUCUACCGACUGUCGAUCGGGUUCUUUCGGAGAUGGAAAUCGGUAUCGGGGGUGGGACUAUUUCAGCUCCAGCUCGGCCUGCUGCCGGCGCAUCUGCUGCAACGCGGCGGCCUACAGCGCUGGCUUCGUCGACAGCAGGAGCGCCCCGGCCAGCCGCCAAUGUUCCCAGUCCAACUUCUGCUGGCGGAAGUCAGACUCAGCACGAAGUUCUUCAGAACUUCUUCGCGAGUCUGUUGAGCUCGAAGGAUCGAGGAGCAGCCAAGAAAGUGAACGGGGUUGGCUCUAGUCCUCCUGGUGCCUCCGCAAGUAAUGGAACAGCGGCGGAAGAGUCUGAUACGUAGUGGUAGUCGGGAACUCUUUCAUAUCGCGAGGUCUAGGAGCUCCACGACACAUUUUUCACGCCCUAAAGGAUAAGAAGCAAGACGCAUUCAUCAGACACGUCGAAAUCACUGAACCAUUGAACACAUGAUUUCUGGAACGCAUCACGUUGCCGAUCCAGGCUCUUCCCCACCCACUCGUUUCGGUGUUGACCCACUUGUGCUCUACAUCCUAUUUCUAUGCUACCCCGCCUUCUUUAAACAUGCUAUCUAACUCUGUAGGCCCGCGGCCCCGCCCACCCGGUCGCAUCCGGCGGUCCGUUUCCAGUACAAUGCAACUGGGCUCUUCCCCUCCCCCUUCCUACACCUCGUCUCUCGCUGUGCGGUCCGAAAAUGUCACACCUUCUCCGAAAUACCUGGGCUCUCCCCUACCAGCAACACUCCAAAUGGUAGAGCUGGGGGAAGAGGAUGCGGAUUGGUUGAACGAGAAGUCGCGCGAGGAGCUGACGGAGUUACUCCUUAAAGCCGGGGAUCUCAUCAAGGAGCGUGAAACGGGGCUCAGUCUCACGUCUGCGCUGCGCAAGACCUUGCAUGAAAGCAAUGUCUCACUGAAAGACAAACACGAUGCGUUGGUCGCCCGGCUUCCAUCCACUCCACCUCUCCUAUCGCCCCACGUAUCGUUCUCUGAAAGCCCCGAAUCGUCGCCGCACGACCUCGUGCAGGACUCCGACCGUUCCCCACGCGUGUAUCUCAAACGCCACUCGCGGAAGAUUUCCGUUUCUCCGGCAGACCUCUCGCACCUCGCCGACCAGAAUGCAGAGCUCGUGAACAAGAUCGACACUCUGGAAUCGGAGGCGCUAGCGACGGAACGCUCGAGCCGGCGUGCGCUGAAACAGCUGGAGAAAGAGCUGCAGUUGCUGCGCGACGAGCUGGAGAAAACGCAGGCGCGGAGCGAGCAGCUGGAGAAGAACGCACAGGUGGACACGGAGAAGAUUGUCGAAGAGAUGCUGCGCAAGAAGAAAGAGCGGCAGGCCAGAUUCCGAUCGAUGCGCAGGAGUGCCAGUGCCUAUAGUCCCGGUUCAUCCAGCCUCUUUGGAUCCGAGGUCCGGGAUUUCGCUCCACCGCCGUUCUCUCUAUCGCCUUCCCGCAAUGUGGCGAAGUCCAGAACAGACUACGAUUCGGAUGAAGAGGUGCAGACGGAGACUGAGGCCAAUCAACCGUCUCAGACGCUCGUUUCGCAACUACUCUCGAAAAUCAGGGAGCUCGAGGACACGAAUUCGCAUAUCUUGCAGCAGCAGUCAGAGACUGCGGACAAGCUGCAGGCUGUCCAGCGAGAAACGGAGAGCAUCAGCAAGGUUUACGAGUGCUUCAACGUAGAGCAUGGCGUCGAGUGGGAAAUGGUCGGGGAAGCUGGCAAGAAAACACCUCUGGAAGGGACUAUCCGGUUUAAGAGCUUUCGCCGGUCGCUGGAAAUCGAUCCCGACGACGUGCCGAGUAUAAACCUUCCUCGGUCCAAGGCGCGCAAGUCUAUCAUCGGGCUCUUCGAGGGCCCAAGCAGCGCUAAGUUUGACCGACCCCGAACCCCAGAGCUGUUUCAGGAAGAUUCGGAACUGUCACCUCUCAAAUUCGAUCCAAAUCCGCUCUUCGAGAGUACUCCUAUCGGACCUUCGCUGCAUAGCGAACUCGGGGAUGACGGCCUCGAUCCGUUCUAUCGCGGCAGUGUCUACGAUCUCUCUUUCUCACCUAACGGGUCUCCCUCACCUCUCCCCGGUCGUUCGAUUCCCGGUGAAUUCCGCCAACAGGUCACGCCUCCAGACACCCCAAUACGCUCUGGUUUGCUUUUGAGUGUUGAACCGACAUCUCCCUCAAGUACGGUUUCUAAUGCCGGAUCGCUGAGAGAUCGGAACCGCGCACGGAAUGCUCGCAUGGCGCAAGCUCUAUCCCUCCGCACGAACCGUUGGGUGGAUGGGCGAUUUUCCUCUCAGUCGCCAGGCAGCCUUGCAGAUGAACUGGUCCGUUCUCGUGUGGAAGUCAUCUCGGCGAGGCGAGUUUCUCUUCCUCAGCGAUUGGCUACUGCCUUUGAGGUCGUGAUGGAGAACUUUACUCGGACAAGCGACGAUGACCAGACGGGGGUUAUGUCUCCGGUUUCUGACGCGGGUGACCUCUCCGACAAGACCAUCGUCCUCCAGCCCGGUGGACGGAAGCACACAAUGGUUGCAAUCUUGCUCGAAGUAUGGCUCUGGCUCCAGUUCGCGAUCAUCAUUCUGGUUUUCCUCUGGGCUAUGGCCCGUCGCGGGCCAAAAUCGGUGCUUGCCGAGGCGGAUCGUAGGGCAGUGGUCAGCCGACGGUGAACUUCAUAUACAUAUCUUGGAUAUUGCACACACACACACUCACACACCAUCGCCACCCACUGCGCACAGUACAGUACAUACCGCAUGUAAUCUUUAGCUGGUCAGCAAUUUGACUACCUCUUCAUA